GAAGAAGAAGAAGGGGAAAAUGUAUUAAAAAUAAAAGAAAGCAGAUGAAUACAGAAGAAGAAGGGAAAAUGGAGUCCUCAUCUAGAAAACGAAAUAUACAUACUCUUACAUUAACACCACUCACUGUGUGACCUUAGGCCAGACAUGUAUCCUCUCUGGGCCUUGGUGCCCCCACUGGGAAGAUGGGUGAUUUUAUCUGCUCAGUCCCCUGGCAGGUGCAGGGAGAGAGGGAAGAUCGGAAGAGAUGACCUCCGUGAAAAGGUCAAGGCAAGUCAUGGGCCCUGCCUGGAGAUGGAACAGUGAGUGCUGGGCAGAGGGCAGCAGGGUGAGUGCUGAGUCCCUGCUGGCCCCCACAGGCAGAGCUUCAGCAGAAGGUGGAAGAGAUUGAGCACCUGAGGCUGGAGCUACAGAUGGUGGAGACAGAGCGGGUGCGGCUGUCCCUGCUGGAGGAGAAGCUCAUGGAUGUGCUGCAGCUCCUGCAAAGGCUCCGGGACCUGAACAUAUCGAAAAGAGCCCUGGGGAAGAUUUUGCUGAACACGCUGGAUGCUUGCAAGGACGCCCCACCCGAGGGGCGAUGUGGACCCGUGGCCAUCCUGGAUGCCCUGCGCCAAGCUUUGGCUGGCUGUGAGCUCCUGCAGAGAGAGCUCUCGGCACCAGCCUCCACAGCUCCUGCACUAGCCAACCCCCUCCUCAUCUCCUGCUGAGGUCACUGGCCCAGCCUAUGGGCACCUCGGUCAGCCUGACCUCCAUCAGACCAGCCUCCAGAUCAACCUGACUGCAACCAGACCAGUUUCCUUGACCAGCCUGACCACCAUCGGAUGAGCUUCCAUGGCUACCCCAACCACCAUCGCAUCCUCAGAACCCUAGAGACCCUGACUCCUGAGACUGGGCUCAACCCCAAAGCCUCCCACAACAGAGCCUACCAGACAUCAUCUCCUUGAGUUCCUCCCAGGUUCCCUCACAGCCCCUGCAUUCCUGGUGCCACAGUUCACAUUCAAGUCCUGGGGCUGCUGGAUCAGCCCAUACCUGCUGUUGCCUCCCCUGCCCACUUUCUCACACAGCCCAGCCCAGAAUCCCUUCCCUGGUCUCCUGGGGUCUUUCCCCCUCCCAGCACUGUCCCCUUCCUCUCACUGCUGCACCCAACCUCCAGGCC